AUGCAUAUGCCCAUUCCGUCGAGAACAAAAUCUUUAUUACCAGUAGCAGCAUUAUGUUGUUUGGGUAUAAUAGGCAUUGCAAUUGUUUCAACGAUUGUACUGGCUUUAAUACCAAUUUAUAUAACAGCGAAAAGUGUAACAGUUGCAAACAAACCAAACAGUGCCGAUACAUUUUAUCUUCAAUAUUCUGGUGAUGCUAAUGCUGAUUCAAGCGUGACAGGCACCGUAGAGAAUCUUAGCGAUGUCGGUAAAUCGUUAGGCUUCGGUAGUGAUGCAGAAAUUACAAGUGGUCAAGCUCAAGCAAGUUUUGUACGACGAAAACGUAGCUUAAAAUUUCAACGUCAAAAACGAGAUCUCAAAACGAAUUUUCUUUUCUUAUGCAAACAUAAAUAUAAACCGACAUGUGUUACUGAAUCAUGCCGUAGUACAAGCAGAACUAAAUUUAUAACACGAAUACAACUGAUUACUAGUUUUCCGAGUUUUUCAAUCAGUAUACGUUCGGGUGGCGUAUCAGUUACAUUUUCUUUUGCACUUCAAUUCGUUGGAUUCAUUUUAGCAAAACCCAUUGGUUUUGCUGGCGAAUCAAGCACAUUUCAAUUUGUCGCUAUUCGAUCUGGUGCAUUUAAUAAUCCAUUAACAUGGGCUGGCGGAAUUGUUCCAUAUGGUAGUUGCUCUGUUGUUAUUUCAGCUGGUGUAACAGUUACUCUUGCAGUUCCGGCAUUAUUCAUUCGAAUGAAAAAAUGUGAUAUAUAUGGCUCACUAGCUUUGGGUUCAGGGAGUUCUUCGUUUCGAUUUAAUUAUGCAACAACUAUUAUUGUUCGCGCCGGUGGAGCUGUUCAAGAUUUAACAAGUAACAAAAACAUACUUAUUCCAGCAAGUACUUUUAUUACUGUGCUAAGUGGCGGAGGAUUUUGUGCCGCAGGAACUAUCAUUCAAGCAUAUUCUUCAGCAGGUGUAGGCAAGAGUGUUACACGAACUUCAGCAUCGGGUCCAUUUACUUGUGGUAUUCUACCUAGUGGUGGUCUUCUGAGUUAUAAUAAAGUAACAUUUAUUGCUAUAAAAUCCGGUGGAUUUACAGCAGGAUCAACUUUUCUUGGUGGUCUUCCACCAUCAUCAGACAUAUGUUCUGGUGGAGGCUGUGGUAUACAAAUCGAAUCAGGUGUUACACUAUCAACAGCUGAUCUCAAUGGUAAGAUGAGCCUUCAAAUUGAUGAAAUAAAUGUUGCGGCAGGAGCAUUUUUUGAACUUGGUACGGCUGGUUCAACUAGUGGAUUUAAAUUUUUGUUUUCUAUUCAGCUGAAUGUAUUGGGUAGGUUAAAUUUCGUUGGUAGUGGAGGUGGAAUUUUAAUACCAUCUUCAAGUGCCUUCAAUUUUUUUGGCGGUGGUAGUUUUACGAGUAUUUUCGCAUCAGCAUUUAUUCAAGUAUUCAGUUUAACAACUGGUCUUUCUAUCGGCACACCAAAAAUAUUAGGUUCCUCGUUUACUGGACCUUACUUUAUCACUAUUUCAGUAGGCGGUGUAUUUUUAAUAAGUGUGAACGGUGUUGGAGACAGUGAUACUACAACAAUGGUAAAUUCUGCCACAACUGGACUUAUGGGUUAA